UUUUCGUACUUUCGGCAUUUCAUUCAAAGACUAAGAAAGAAUUUAGAUUAAAUAAAGUCUGCAAAACGUCGAAAGCCUGACAGAAAUGAGCAAUCCGGCGAAAUUGAAACGUAGCGACGUCUGUCGCGUACCUGAGAACAUUAACUUCCCGGCCGAGGAGGAAAAUGUGCUCAGGCAAUGGCGUGACGCGAAAAUCUUUGAAAAAUGCAGCCAACUGUCAAAGGGAAAACCGAAAUAUACGUUUUAUGAUGGGCCACCGUUUGCGACCGGGUUGCCGCACUAUGGCCACAUCCUGGCUGGCACAAUUAAGGAUAUUGUGACGCGUUACGCGUACCAACAAGGAUACCAUGUGGAUCGUCGCUUUGGCUGGGAUUGCCACGGGUUGCCGGUGGAGUUUGAGAUCGAUAAGAUGCUCAACAUCAAGGGACCAGAGGAUGUCGCCAAGAUGGGCAUCACUGCGUAUAAUGCCGAGUGCCGAAAGAUUGUCAUGCGCUAUGCGGACGAAUGGGAGACAAUUGUGACGCGCUGCGGUCGCUGGAUUGACUUCAAGAACGACUACAAGACUUUGUACCCCUGGUACAUGGAGUCCAUCUGGUGGAUAUUCAAGCAGCUCUUCGACAAGGGACUCGUCUAUCAGGGCGUUAAGGUUAUGCCCUAUUCCACGGCGUGCACAACUUCGUUGUCCAACUUCGAGGCGAAUCAGAACUACAAAGAGGUCGUGGAUCCCUGCGUCGUCGUCGCACUCGAAGCAGUUACGCUGCCGAAUACCUACUUUCUCGUGUGGACCACCACACCGUGGACACUGCCCUCCAAUUUCGCCUGUUGUGUGAAUCCAAAGAUGAUCUAUGUCAAGGUGCGCGAUGUGAAGAGCGAUCGCCUCUUUGUACUGGCCGAGUCGCGUUUGUCCUACGUUUUUAAGACAGAGGCGGAAUAUGAGCUGAAGGAGAAGUUUGUUGGCCAAUCACUCAAGGAUCUGCACUAUAAGCCACCAUUCCCAUAUUUUGCCAAGCGUGGUGCUGAGGUUAAGGCACACCGAGUCCUCGUGGACGAGUAUGUGACGGAAGACUCUGGCACUGGGAUUGUUCAUAACGCACCCUAUUUUGGUGAGGACGAUUAUCGCGUUUGCCUGGCUGCGGGCCUCAUUACCAAGUCGAGCGAUGUCAUAUGCCCCGUGGACGAUUCCGGACGCUUCACUUCCGAGGUGACUGACUUUGCCGGCCAGUAUGUCAAGGAUGCGGACAAGCACAUCAUGGCCAACCUGAAGGCGAGCGGAAACUUAGUGUCCAGUGGUCAGGUGAAGCAUAGCUAUCCAUUCUGCUGGCGCUCAGACACUCCGCUAAUCUACAAGGCUGUGCCGUCGUGGUUUGUGCGCGUCGAGCACAUGUCCAAGAACCUAUUGGCCUGCAGUUCGCAGACUUAUUGGGUGCCGGACUUUGUGAAGGAGAAGCGCUUCGGCAAUUGGCUGAAGGAGGCCAGAGAUUGGGCAAUUUCACGCAAUCGCUACUGGGGCACACCGAUACCCAUUUGGCGAUCUCCUAAUGGUGAUGAAACCAUUGUCAUUGGUAGCAUAAAACAGCUGGCGGAACUCUCCGGUGUGCUGGUGGAUGAUCUGCAUCGCGAGACAAUUGACGACAUUGAGAUACCGUCAGCGGUGCCCGGAAAUCCACCACUGCGACGUAUCGCGCCUGUUUUUGACUGCUGGUUCGAAUCCGGCUCAAUGCCAUUUGCCCAGCAGCAUUUUCCCUUCGAGAACGAAAGGGAUUUCAUGAACAACUUCCCGGCGGAUUUCAUUGCCGAGGGCAUUGAUCAGACACGCGGUUGGUUCUACACGCUCCUGGUCAUAUCAACGGCAUUGUUCAAUAAGGCGCCGUUCAGGAAUCUAAUUGCCAGUGGAUUGGUGCUGGCCGCCGAUGGUCAGAAGAUGUCGAAGCGCAAGAAGAACUAUCCGGAUCCCAUGGAUGUGGUGCACAAGUAUGGAGCGGAUGCCCUGCGUCUCUAUCUGAUCAACUCACCGGUAGUGCGUGCGGAAAGCCUUCGCUUCAAGGAGGAAGGCGUGCGUGAUAUAAUCAAGGACGUAUUCCUCCCAUGGUACAAUGCCUACCGUUUCCUGCUGCAGAACAUUGUGCGCUACGAGAAAGAGGAUCUCCAAGGCAAAGCUCAGUAUUCGUAUGAUCAUGUGCGGCAUCUGCAGAACAUGGAGCAUGCCUCGGUUAUUGAUGUAUGGAUCCUGUCGUUCAAGGAGUCCCUGCUGGAGUUCUUUGCGACGGAGAUGAAAAUGUAUCGCCUAUAUACGGUGGUGCCCAGGCUAACAAAAUUCAUUGAUCAACUGACCAACUGGUACGUGAGAUUGAACCGUCGCCGUAUCAAGGGCGAAUUGGGCGCCGAGCAGUGCAUAAAAUCGCUAGAUACUCUCUAUGAUGUGCUGUACACCAUGGUUAAGAUGAUGGCCCCCUUCACGCCAUACCUAACCGAGUACAUUUUCCAGCGACUGGUGCUGUUCCAGCCACCAGGUGGCCUGGAGCAUACCGAUUCCGUACACUACCAAAUGAUGCCUGUCAGCCAGCGCAAGUUUAUUCGCAGCGACAUCGAGCGAUCGGUGGCACUGAUGCAGUCGGUGGUGGAGUUGGGUCGCGUAAUGCGAGAUCGCCGCACACUGCCCGUCAAAUACCCGAUUUCUGAGAUUAUUGUCAUCCACAAGGACACUCAAACGCUGGACGAGAUUAAGAGUCUGCAAGAUUUCAUACUCAGCGAGUUGAAUGUACGAAAACUUACCCUAAGCUCGGACAAGGAAAAGUACGGCGUAACGUUGCGUGCAGAACCAGAUCACAAAUCGCUGGGUCAGCGCCUGAAGGGCAACUUUAAGGCUGUUAUGGCAGCCAUCAAAGCCCUGAAGGAUGACGAGAUUCAACAGCAGGUCGCCCAAGGCUACUUUAGCAUAUUGGAUCAACGCAUUGAGCUGGAGGAAGUGCGUGUCAUCUAUUGUACCUCUGAGAAGGUGGGCGGCAACUUUGAGGCACACAGCGAUAACGAAGUGCUGGUCCUAAUGGACAUGACGCCCAACGAGGAAUUGCUCGAAGAAGGUUUGGCGCGCGAGGCUAUUAAUCGAGUGCAGAAGCUCAAGAAGAAGGCUCAGCUGAUACCAACGGAUCCAGUUAUCAUCUACUAUGAUUUGAGCGGCAAUGCUGGCAAAAAGGAUGCUCAGGCAGCGCAGGCACAGCUACAAAAGGUGUUGGUCAACUAUGCGCCAAUGAUAAAGGGGGCCGUCAAAUCGGAAUUCGUUCCAUUUGACGAAAAACAGGCAGCCUCCAAGCGCCAGAUCAUCAGUGAGCUUGUGGACCUCAAAGGUGUUCAGCUCAAUUUGACAAUUUGCUCUGCCGAGGAGCUGCAACUGCCCAGCCUUGCGUGGCUGAAUGUAACCUUAAGUGGCGAGCUGCAACCGCGCUUUGCCAAAGGCAACAAAGCAUCUAUUCUACUUCAGCAUAGUGCCAGCAAAGAGUACAUUACUUUGGACGCACUGCGUCGCGAGCUGGAAGUGCUAUUUGGACUGUAUGGUAUCAGUUAUAACAUUUAUGUGGUGGAUCAGCGGAAGCAAGUCAGCGAGCUCCAGGCCAUCGAUAAAAGUCUUAGCGGAAAGCUACUAAUUCUGACUCGUGGCACGGAUGCACUAAAUCAGGCCCCAAACUCUGAGGUGACUUCGAUCCCAUAUUCAAAUUUUGUGAACCAGCCGUCUGGCGGCACCGUCUUUACUGAGAACCCAAAGGGUCAUAGCCUAUUAUAAAUGGGGAUUAGUCAAGGAUUAGCAUGUUGCUUUGUAUUUAUUGUAAACCGAUAACCGAAAUAUGAAAUUAAAUAAAAAUGUUUUCAAUAAG